AGCGUGAAGAGCGUCUACACCAACCCGAAAGACGAGAAGAUGGCCAGUCGACAGCCGAUGAUCGAGGACAUGCACGGGCCCGAGAAGAAGGAACAAGAAGAAUGGGCUGCAAAGACAUUGAGAUUGACGGGCGCCUGUCCUGAUGCGUUUUCCUGGAGGCGUGUCAAGGGAGGAUAUCAUUGUAAAGGCGAGCAUCACUUCGUGACGGAUGAUUUGAUGGCGGAGAAUAAGGGCGGGGUGUAUCUGAUUGGAGGGGACCUGGAGACGGAAAGGUGGGGUCCGUAUUAU